GCUUUGCUAGGUUGGCUGUUUUUUGAUACCCUUCUCCUUGCUAAUCGCUUCUGGUCAACCGUUACACCUGCCUGUUUUUAACCCAAAGCAAAAUUACUUACAAUGGAUGAUUUUGAUAUGUUAAAUGCACCAAACGCAGGCAAUGGCGUUGGUUCCGAGGAGGACCCAGCAGCCGCGUUUCUGGCCCAACAGGAAAGCGAAAUAGCGGGCAUUGAAAACGACGAGGGCUUCAGCAUCUUGGACAGUGGAGAGGUACCCUCGUCCAUGGGAGACUCUAAUGAUGGUGCCAUCAACGGAGACCUACAUGGGGAAAGCAAUGGUCCUUCAGAUGCCUAUGCAGCUAUUUCCAAUGCUGAUCGUCUACAGGCUGAGCCUGAAAGCCUACGCAAGUGGAGAGAAGAGCAAAGCGAGAGACUGGAGGUGCUAGAUGCAAAUUCUCGCAAACAGGAGUCAGAAUGGAAGGAGAAAGCUAAGGCAGAACUGGAGGAGUGGCAUGCCAGACAGAAUGAGCAGCUGGAAAAAACCAAGACCAAUAACAGGGCUGCUGAAGAGGCUAUGAUUUCAGAUCUGGAUGAAAACAACCCUGGAACUGAGUGGGAGCGCGUGGCCCGCCUCUGUGACUUCAACCCCAAGUCCAGCAAACAGGCCAAAGAUGUGUCUCGCAUGCGCUCCGUGCUCAUCUCCCUCAAGCAGUCUCCUCUGGUCCGUUAGGUACCAUACUGCUCAGAGCAUCUCACAUUAUCAACAGUGCACCCUGCUCCACUCGCCUACCUGUCUGCACAGCAAACAUGGGAGAGGUCAGCUCGGUUUCCACUCAUUCGACGUAUUAUACAUUAUUAUCCAACCUCAAGCACCAGCUCCCAGUAAUCCGAAUAUAGGUUUAUAAAAUAUUUCUUACAGCCAGAUAAAAUUAGAAAUAUCUUUAUUAGCAGCUCCAACUCGUGACAUAAAAAGGGAAGGGUUGAGUCUGAGUUUACACUUUUAGUCACACUACAUGCAGUUCAAUCUUCAGACUAUAAUUUCCGCAGAUGCUGUUUUCUUACCGGUCGUAGUGUUAAUAUCAUGUGUGAUGUACCCCUUGUCCACUCACCUCAUGUAAAACUUUUAAAAGUGUUUUUUUUUUUUUUUUUAAGGACCAAACUGUAAAACUAAAGUUCAGUGUGUACUCUAAACUAUGUGUGAAGCCUGCUCUUGGCUAAUGUUCAAUUUUCCAAUCUAUGCAUUUAUUAUGAAGUUUUCUCUGUCAGGAAGUAAUAUAAGACCAGUCAUUACAAUAUAGUUUUUAUGUCUGCGCGUGUGUGUGUGUAUGUACUCUGUGGACACCUAUGUACAUAUAUACAAAAGUCUAUAUAUAAAUAAACAAAAGUCUAUAUAUAAAUAAACAAAAUCAAUGAAUUUCGAUUGUGAUGUUAAAACUAGAUAUUUGUUAGCUGUUCCUUGACCAUGUGCAUCCAUUGUCCUUUAAUUUCAAUAUCAAUAAACAAACAAACAGAAAAACUCA